GAACUCUCAUUAACAACGGUACAAUUUCGAUAAAUAACGGGCGAUAGGAAGUGAUACGUUAGUUAGAAAAACAAGAAAACUGUAAUUAAAUAAAAAUGUUUAACAUUUGAUAUAAAACAAAAACUUUUCCAUUUUUUGCAAUAAAAAAUAAAAAAAAAAUAUAUAUUGAUUGAUUGCAACAAAAAUGAAUUCAUUUUUGGAAGACUCUACGGAACGUAUUAGUCGUUUAAGCAACGAAAGUCGUCAUGAUACGCUGAUCAAUGAAAAGAAAUGGGAAUGGGGUUUUCUAAGGAAUCAAUGUCGCAAUUUAGAAUUGGAACAAUUCUAUCAAUCGUAUAUGCAACGUUUGCGUGUCAGUUAUUUAUCGUUAUUUAUCAUUAUCGAAAUGUUAGUGGUGGGUGUGCACUCAAUUAUAUUGCUAUCAACGAUAACGAAUUUAAAUAAUGUUGCCCCUGAUAUAUUUGCCUAUGUCACCUCAUCGCUAUUAGUGUGGGCUAUUUUGGCGCUUAAUUUUCGUGUAGAACUUGUAAAACGUUAUCCCUGGAUAAUGUAUGUUACCUCCUGGUUAGCGGUUACCAUAUUGGCCAUGACCGAUAUAGGAGUAUCCGUUUAUCAUGCGGUCAUAAAUUUGGAUAUACUACGUCCAGCCUAUGGUUCCUAUAUACUAUAUGCUGUCUAUAUAUUUAUGCCUUUGCCCGAUAAUGUACAUGCUUUCAUGUUGGGUAUGGCGGUGACAGUUUCAUAUUUAAUAGAUUAUGCUUUCGUAACGUAUCGUAAACUACCGGAUGGUACGAAAACUUUGGAUGUUAAUAAACUGAUAACCGAGGGCAUAUUUCUAUUGAGUAUUAAUUUUUUGGGCAUAUAUUUUCGCAUGAUGAAAGAGAUAGCGAUACGUACAACAUUUUUGGAUCGUCGUAAGUAUGUGGAGGAAAAUCUAUUGUUGCGUUAUGCCCGGGAAGAGGAGCGAAGUUUAUUAUUAAGCAUUAUACCGGCCCAUAUUGUUAAUAAAAUAGAACACGAUGUUAAGUCACGUUUGGAAUAUAAAAAGGCCAAAAGACGUGCUUCACAAAAUCCACACUAUGGAGCUGAAAAUCAAAUAAAAAUAUCAAGAUGGCGUCAACCGGAAAUUGAAAAACUUUUUAUUGAACCACAUGAUGAUGUUACCAUACUGUAUGCCGAUGUGGUUAAUUAUACUUAUUUAACUACGACUUUGGAUGUCAAGACCCUGGUGGAAACUUUGCAUGAUUUAUUUGUAAAAUUCGAUACAGCUUCAGAGGAAUACAAUGUACUGCGUAUAAAGUUCUUGGGUGAUUGCUAUUACUGUGUGGCCGGAGUUUCGAUACCAAAUGAAUAUCAUGCCAAAUGUUGUGUUGAUCUUGGCCUACGCAUGAUCAAGGAUAUUCGUGAUGUAAGAACACGACGCAGACUCAACAUCGAUAUGCGUAUUGGUGUCCAUACGGGAAGUAUUUUAUCGGGAGUUUUGGGCGCCUGUAAACUACAGUACGAUAUUUGGUCUAAAGAUGUUGAUAUAGCCAAUCGUUUGGAACAGACGGGCAUGGCAGGCCGAGUGCAUGUUAGUGAGGAGACUUUAAAACAAUUAGAGGGUGAAUAUAUGUAUGAGGAGGGCACACCACAAGCUAGAACAGAUCCGGUUUUAAAGAAUUUUGGUAUACGUACUUUUUUGAUCAAACCGCCUAGGUACGCUUCCUAUAACGAACAAAGACGUCCCUAUGCGGGUGUUAAACGUCAAAUCGAACAACGCUCUAGAGUUGACACUUCAACCAACUUUAUGCAAAAUAAUAUACAACAAUUUAAUCAGAUACGUACUCAAGCUAAAUUGGAAAUGAGUCGAGAAUUAGAUAAAAUGCCUAUAGGAAGAAUACAAGUCACAAAAUUCUGCUUUGAUCGCUCGAAACGUUUGACACAAGAUGAAAUGGAGGAGCAAAACUUUCGACGCAACAUAACCUCAAUGUGUUUGUUCUUUAAGGAUUGGCGUUGGGAAAUGCAAUUUCUACGAGAACCAGAUGAUAUGUUAAAAUACAGUGUCAUUAUGGGAGUUAUAAUAUUUUUUGGCAUAAUGGCCAUACAGUCAAUAAAUAAAGUGCAAUCCACAAAUUUUUGGGCUUCCAAUGCCACAUACAUUGUAUUAAUGAUCAUUUGUAUAUUUUUGACUUGGUUUAAGAAACUAUGGAUAAUGUUUUUUGCUGAGACCACACAGUCGGAACCGAAAAAUAAAUUUAUAUUAUUUCUCUUUGAUGCUUCAAAACAUAUACAGAGCAGUAUAACGGCUCGUAUAACCAUAUAUCUGUUAAUAAUCAUCAUACACUGUUCGGCCACAUUUAUACAAUUGUUAGAUUGUAAAAACUGGCCCAUAUAUGCCGAAGAUGACUGGGACAAAGACUCAAAUUUAGAACAUUUUUCCAAUGGCCGGGAAUGUGAAGUUGGUUUUAAUCCUUGGGGCAUUACCGAAAGUUUAGAACUGACCAUUUGCAUGGUGUUUCUUUUCUCACGCAUACCCUUUGUGGUAAAAUUGGGGGUGGGUAUUUUAAUUUCGGGUAUUUAUGCCAUUGUUAUAUUUGUUAGCUAUUCACCAAUUUAUGAGGCCAGUCCUUCGACAAAUGUUGCCUUGCAGGCCGAAUAUUCUCAUGUUAUGGUUAUAGUUAUAACGCUGGUCAUUUUUCAUUUAAUGGAUCGUCAGACGGAGUUCAUAUCGAAGGUUGAUUACAAUUGGAAACGUCAACUGCAAAGAAAGCAAGAAGAUGCUGAGGUUACAAAUGCCUCUAUAACGGUACUGAUUAAAAAUAUUUUACCAUCUCAUGUGGCCGAUAUUUAUAUAUCGAAACAAAUGAAAAAUGAAUUAUAUUACGAAGAAUAUGAUAACGUGGCCGUUAUGUUUGCUUCCAUAAAAAAUUAUGAUAUAGAAAGUGUGGGCCUUAGAGUGCUUAACGAGAUUAUAUGCGACUUUGAUGAAGUGCUCAAACUUUUUGAAGCCGAAGGUAUGUUUAAGGUUGAGAAAAUCAAAGUGGCUGGGUGGACUUAUAUGGCGGCCUGUGGUUUAGAUUUAGCCCGUUCCGAACAUGUUAAUACUCAAACAAAUUUUCGCAGUUCAUCGCUGUUGCCCAAUGGACGCAGAAGUCAUUACAAUAAUAAUAGUUUCAAUUCACAUUCCUCAAAUGAUAUAAGACUUGACAUGGGGCCCUCCACCUCAAAAGAGGCCGCGGAAAGAACGAAAAAACUUUCGAAUCAAUAUGAGGGUCAUAGUAAUAAUACCAAUCAGAAAAGUCGAAAAAUUAGUUCACCACAACAGUGUAAUGUGGUGCAUGUUAUGGCCCAAUUCGCUCUACAAUUAAUGAAAACCAUGCAUUCAUUUAAUGUCGAGAAUCUACAAUGUGAAGAUGGUGAUUCGGAUUAUGGCAUGUUAAGAAUUGGCAUUAGUAAUGGUUCCAUUAUGGCGGGAGUUGUUGGUUCCUCUAAACCUCACUACGAUAUCUGGGGUAAUUGCGUUAAUAUGGCUUCACGCAUGGAUUCGACUGGUAUACCCGGCCAUAUACAAGUCACCGAAGAUACUGCGGAAAUUUUACGUACCUUUAAUAUACAAUGCAAUUUUCGUGGCAUGACCUAUGUUAAGGGUCGUGGUGAAAUACCCACCUAUUUUGUGGGUAUUGAUGAAAAUUUAAAUUUCAUACCAGAAACAACAAGUACAAAUGAUCUAAGAAAAGAUAGCAAACAAGAAUGAGACUACACACCGAUGACUGAUUUCAUAUGAAUAAUAAUGUUCAGACCUUUUCCUCGCAUUUGCACCCCAUACAGUCAUAGACAAAUUGCACUUACCUAAUUAGAAAACGAAAAUUCGAAAAUCGAAGAUUUGUACAUUUAUAAAUAUGUAGUUGAACUUAGUUAAAUGUAUGUUUUUUAUAUGUAAAUCGUGUUAAAAAUAAAAUUUUAUAAUAAUUUAUAAGUUUAAAUUUAGAAACAUAUAUUCACCGUUAUUUAAAUAGAAUAAUUACAUAAACGAUUGUAUUUAAAUUAAAAAUAA